AUGGAGCAAGAGCAACAUGUGCGGACGUUUGUUAAGCUAGCGAAUCUCACACAGACAUCGCAAUUGCACGAAUGGAACCUUGAGUCUCUUCAGAGAGCUCUGGAAUGGGCCUGUGCAGCUGAACAUGUGGUGAGUGUGGGUAAGCCGCAGCAGGACGCCGCGGUGCGUAUCCAUCAGUGGUUCCCAGUCGCUACACUACCCACGCUGCCUCUAGAUGGGGCUUUGACGAUUGACGCCGUCCGCCUCGCAAGAGUUCAUUUACUGCGGUCAGUUCUGCAGAGUCCGUUCCUAGCGUCACAUCCGACACGGUCGCAACUGCUGGUAGCGGUGCUACAAGAGCUUCAAAGCAGACUGGUGGUUGAAUUGUUGACUGAAGGGGUUGUCGGAGCUCCACGCACGAAUACCUUGCUGGCAGUUGCACGUAGUAUGAGUGACAGAUGCAAACGCAUUCGUGUACAAGUGCUUUCCGGGUGGGUCUUGGUGCCCCCAUUCAAGAGUUAUGCUCUCUCCCCACGCACACUCCAACUGAAGGUCAUGGCGAAGACAUUGCAGCGGAAUGCAGUGGAUGCACGAGCUGCGGUACAUCCGGAGAUAUACCGCUGCUUUCUGGACGACCUACAAGGUUGCUUUGAAGCGCCUGAGAGUAACGAUGUCCGGGAAGUCAUGGUGCUGAUGCUGGUUAUGUGCGAAUGGCCUCAGGAGGAGCCCCCGCAGCUUCGGGGGAUGAUGGGAGAUCUCGUAAAAAUUGCGAGUGACUGGGUAACGUGUAAACCCAUUCGGUUUUGGACAUUUCAGCCUUGGUUGGCUGCUAUGUUGUCAAGUAAAUCGGAAGCCCUCGCAAGUACCUAUAUUUCCGAGCUGUUCACAACGGGACUCUUACAACCAUGUACGACUGUAACUGCUUUAUGUUAUUUUGUAGAGCGUGUUGCGACUCUUGUGCUGCAGCCGGAUGGCGUGGAGGAUAUACUGAAGCCAUUCCUAACAAAAUUAGACCCCCAUUUGCAGCAAGUCUACUUUAACGUCAAUCCAAAUCCUUGA